GGGAGACAGAGAAAGGGAGAGAAACACAUAGAGGAAAGAGGGAAAGAGAAGAAAGUGUCCAUUACACCGGGUGGAUUUUUCCAGAGCACCGAUGUUGGAACACUCUUCUGAGCUGGCCCUGGUGCAGAGUUUGUAUGCCAACAGCAUGCGCUGUCCCCCCUCUGCGGCCGGGAUCUCUGUCAGGAAUGAGGACCUGCCUAUGAGCAACGGCAACGGAAGCAAAAUGAACGGGUCCCUGGAGCACUUGGACCAGCCAGACCCAGACUCCAUCAAGAUGUUUGUGGGACAGAUCCCACGCUCCUGGUCGGAAACAGAACUAAAAGAGCUUUUUGAGCCCUUUGGAGCUGUGCACCAGAUCAACAUCCUCCGUGAUCGCACCCAGAAUCCCCCUCAGAGCAAAGGAUGCUGUUUUGUAACUUUUUAUACAAGAAAAGCCGCACUGGAGGCCCAGAAUGCACUGCACAACAUAAAGACCUUAAGUGGGAUGCAUCAUCCUAUCCAGAUGAAACCCGCUGACAGUGAGAAAACAAGUGCGGUAGAAGACAGAAAGCUCUUCAUCGGAAUGGUUUCAAAGAAAUACGGCGAGAACGAGAUCAGAAUGAUGUUCUCGUCUUUCGGGCAGAUCGAAGAGUGCCGAAUUCUCCGGGGACCAGAUGGUCAGAGCAGAGGCUGUGCGUUUGUCACAUUUGCUACCAGGGCAAUGGCACAGAAUGCAAUCAAAACCAUGCAUCACUCUCAGACUAUGGAGGGCUGUUCCUCACCUUUGGUGGUGAAGUUUGCAGACACACAGCGAGAUAAGGAGCAGCGACGCCUGCAGCAGCAGCUAGUACAGCAGAUUCAACAGCUCAACAGUGCCUCCACAUGGGGAAACCUGGCCGGCCUGGGGACACUCACACCGCAGUACCUGGCUUUGCUCCAGCAAGCCACAUCUACCAGUAACCAAGGCAGUUUCAAUAGUAUGCAGAGGCUAGGAGGUGUGAAUCCCCUUCAGCUGCAGAACUUGGCCACAUUAGCUGCUGCUGCAGCUACAGCUCAGAGUUCUGGCAGCCCAACCUCCACCAGCGCCCUGUCUACAAACAGUGGGGCCCUGGGAGCCCUGGGCAGUCCAGCCGGUUCAACAGCAGGGUCCAGCAUGGGUGCUGCCAUGAACACCUUGGCAUCUCUGGGCACCCUGCAGAGUCUCACUGGGACCUCUGUGGGCCUCAACCUCAACGCUCUCACCAACAGCGUCAGUGGUAUGGGGGCCAUGAAUGGAGGCCUGGGAGGCUCCAUGGCCAACGGGUCAGCAGCCAGCUCCAUGGACGCUCUGACCCAGGCCUACUCAGGGAUGCAGCAGUACACAGCCUCCGCCCUGCCCUCCCUCUAUGGCCAGUCUCUCCUGCAGCAGAGUAUUGCUGGCAGCCAGAAGGAAGUAGGGCCAGAGGGCGCCAACCUGUUCAUCUACCACCUGCCCCAGGAGUUUGGGGACCAGGAUCUUCUGCAGAUGUUUAUGCCUUUUGGAAAUGUGGUCUCUGCCAAAGUCUUCAUUGACAAACAGACCAAUCUGAGCAAGUGCUUUGGGUUCGUCAGCUAUGACAAUCCUGUGUCUGCGCAAGCUGCCAUCCAGGCCAUGAAUGGUUUCCAGAUCGGAAUGAAGAGGCUGAAGGUUCAGCUGAAGCGCUCCAAGAACGACAGCAAACCCUACUGAUCCUAGCCCCGGGGCCUUCCCCCCUCCCCAGCUCUAAUGCUAGCACUGCUAGGGUAAGUUCACCCUCCAGCCAAGGUCACCACAGCAGAGACUCAGUGGGGCAGGGGGAAAGGAGCCCACCACAGGAGGGAGACUCACUCUAUUCCUAAAAAAAAAUGGUUGCAAUGAUCUUUCCACAUUUUACUGUAUUUCAUUCCUGCGGUUUUAUCAUGUAAUUUGAGUCGGAUUAAAUAUUUUAAUGUAUAUGAUUAUUUAUGACUAUCACUGGAGUCAGUGUUCGCUGGAGGUAUUUUGUGUCACUGUAAUUAGUGGAGAGCAUCAGGUGUGUUUCCAUGCCAUUUCAUUGCCUUCAGGUCAAGCCAGACAGGUUGACUAAGGAUCAGUUGUUGUUUUGAAGGGCUGAAGCCAGGCCGCAUAGACCCCGAGCCCAGAGCUUCAACCUGUGUUUGGCUUUUUACAUGUAGUCUGUCUCGUUCGUUUGUCAUUCUUAAUGUGAAAGUCUUUUGCACUCUAAAAUUCUUCUAUCUCUGCUCCCCAAUCUCACCUUUUUGUCUCCCACCCGUUAUCUGUCAUUAUCUAAGCCAUGUUGAGCUAGGCUACCUCUCUUUUCUCUAUUAACAACCUCUUCCAGUCAUUCCAUCCAUCCUCAAGUCCUCCCACAAGGGACUGGCUCUAGAUGGAUCUCUUUGGGUGCCAAGUAUACAGUUUGUGCAUGUUUGAGUCUCUGCCAUAUGUCCUGGUGGUGUCACUUCCCUAAAUCUGUGUAUAGUUUUUGUGUGUCGGGGUAAAGAGGGCGGGGGAGGAGGGGGGGGGGAUGUUUACCGCACUGUCCUUUAUUGUAUGUGGUGAUUGGCAUUGUUUUUGUUGUUUUUGUGCCUCAUGGCUAAACGAUUCUUGUGCUGUGCCCCUAACUUUCUCUUCUCCUCUUUGUCUUCUUUCUCUCUCUCUUUGUCUCUCUCUCUCCCUUCCUUUCGUGUUUUUGUUCCUUUUUUAGAACAAAUCUCCAUGCCUGUUUGCUCAUCAUUAGCCUAGCAUGUCUUCAUGAUGUUGAAAGCCAAGCCAAACUCCUGGCCUCAUCAUCCCACCAUUGUCUGUGAUGUCUCUCUAAGCUCGCCUGACCAAUACCUGGCCACCCACUGACCCUUGACCUUAGCUCAACCUGAUUUUUCUGCAUGUAUAUUCAUUUUUUGUUUUUUCUGUAUAGAAAUGUGAUAGGUGGGAGAGAGGUCAAGCAAAUCAAUGUGAAAACGUACCUGCGUUGAAUUCAUUUAAGAGACCUUUUUUUGUUUUGUUUUUUGCGAAUGUUUUAAAAACCUGUGGGAUUUUCUUAUUUUUAAUUUAGCUUUGUUUUUUUUUUAUGUUGCUUUCUUUUUACCUCUCUCAGUAAAGUUCACUUGAAAGUUGAAUACAGGGAUUGGCACACAUCUGUGCUAUUUGGUGCCAUUAGCAAUAUGUUGGCUUCUUAAAAGAAAAAAAAAAAACAUGCUACAGACCACUUUCCAACACUUUUGAAAGUCUGAUCAGUAAAACCCCUCUCAGUGCUCUGUAAUGAUCUCUACAUUUUGCGGGCAGUGUGAAGAUUUACACCAAGACUAUUUAAAAAUAUAUAUUCUUUUCAUUUACAAAAAUACCCUGUGUAUUUACCUUUUUUUGAACUAUUGAUGGCACAAUAAAAGGUACAUUUGCUCUGUUUAGAGAAAUGACUACCUACAUGAGUCAACUUUUUUAGAACUGAUUCACAAAUAGACAAUCUGUGGUUUAAAUGCACACUUAGAUUACCUAUAUUUUAUACCAUUGAAUCUAUAGAAGUUUAACUAACAGAACCCAGGCAAAACUUUGGGUUUUUUGUAGAUUAUGUUGUAAUGUCAUCUGUGUCAGGGGGGGUCUUCAGUGUAUUGCAUUUUUAAAGAGGACUAAAAAUCAGUUGAUCAGUGUGACCGUUUGGGGGUCAUUAAUUCAAAACACACUUUAAGUCAAAAAAUUCCUCUGCAUUAAUUGUAAUUUAAAUUUCUGGGGGAAAAAAGUACUUUUUUAAAGGUCACAGUGUAGAUUUAUUUUCUUUUUUCCUGCGUUUAAAGAAAAGUUUAGUGUUCAACUUCCACGGUACGUCUUGUUGACUUUCUGUGAAUUUCUCAUUAAUAAUUUAAUUAAUGGAUGUUUCACUUUGGUUUAGUUUGGAUGCAUCAUGUUGAAAGAUGAUGAUUUACAAUGUCUGUUAAUCAUACAGAUGCCAGACAAUGUCUUUUUUGGGGGGUUUUCUUUGUCGUUAAAGUGCCCAUAUGUCAAACUCAGUGUUUUUGAAUUCACACAACAUACUUUCCUGUAAUAUUACCUAGUUUUCUUUACACACAUGCACACACUGCGACACACAAAACACUUUCUGUGGUUGCAAAUGUGGGAGCCCCUGAAGAAGAGAUCACUUGGACACAACACACAACCUGUGGGUCUCUGCACAUUUUUAUAAACACACUCACGCUUGCUUUUUUAAUUUCACUUUUUUUCAGCUGAUUGUUCUUUUUAAGUGACUUCUAGUAUCAUGUUUCAGUUUUACACGAUGCACAGAACAUUAAUACUACUAAACCCACCACAAUAGUGUUGGUUUACAAAUACAUUCCAUUUUUUCAGCACAAAGUUUACACUUUUUUUUACCGGGGUGGUAUUUUGUCUGUUGUACUACAAAAUAACAACCACUUCACCCCCAAAGAAGGGUUCCCUAAAACUGCGUACCUGAUGGCGCUAAAGAGUUGUCAACUCAGGGGCUUUUUUGUGUGUGAAACUACACACUCACAUGAUUACGACACAAAAUGCACAAUUGUCACCAUUUGACCUAUUUUUCUUUUUGAGUUUAGAUUAAUUUUUUUUUUCUUCUCAAAAUACAUAAAUAUUCCAAAAAAUAAAAAAAAUAAGGUACCAAAUUUGAAACAGUGCUCGAGGAAAGUGUUGUAGUUUUGUAAGGAAACGCUAAGCACAAUUGUGGGAGCUAAUCACUUUUGCAGAAUGUUGUGUGUGUGUGUGAUUAUAAUCCCAACAUUUUCAAGGUACCACUGAUUUCACUUUUUAAUAUGGGCAUGUGCUUUUUACAGUGUGUUUUUUCUAUCCAAAUGCAAUACAAUAUUCAAAGUGCCAUAUAUACGUCUAGAAACUGCCUACACAUCCUUAUUAGGCCUUGGUUUAGAGAUUGCUGCAGUUAGCCUUUUUUUGUCUAUUUAUGCCAGUGUCAUGAAAGCUCUUGUCACCCGCUCAUGUCCCCCCCCCCCUUCCCUGAUCCCCCCCACACACACACUCUGUGUGUUGAGUUAUUGGUAAAUGUGUAUUGUGAUGUAUUCAAUUUGAACAGUUGGUUAAACAGUUGUAGAUAAACAAUAAACUUCCCUAUACAUUUGAAGGUUAAACCUCUUUCUUAGUAAGUGUGAACGUGUACUGUAACACUUUGCGAUACAAACGAAAGUCAUAAACAAAGCUAACCCUCAAGCAAGAACAGACGACUUGGGUGCCAUGUUAAUAAGAUCUUUAAAUGAUAAAAUUGUAUGUCAAACACUGAAAUAAUUGCAGAUCUGUGGAGAUUUGCAGUGUAUGGUUAAGUGUUACUGUGAAUGAAUAAUAAAACAAAAGAGAAAAAAAAAGCACAAUGUACAGUCCACAGCGGUCCCAACAGGAACUUGACUCACUUCAGGGGCUUCCAUCACAAAUCCCAUUCAGGCUCUAACAAUCACUUUCUUUGUUCUGUGUUUUCAUAUUCUGAAGUGCUAUUUUUUGACAGUGUGGUAGCUUUGCAUCUCUAUAGAUAUUGUCUUGAUCCAAAAGAAAAGAGGAGAAAAAAAAAAAAUCUUUUCUUGUGUUAUUUUCUUGUCUGAUAAUCGGUAGGACUUUGUUCAUGUUCCACCAAUAAUUUAAUAGAUGUUUUAUCUUGUCUUGAUGAAAGCCAAAGUGGGUGCAUCUUGAUGUGAUCUGUAUUAUACAUACAGUAGUUUUUCUGUUCAGUUAAUAUCAAUUUUUUGAAACUGGGUGGGAUUUGAAAAAGGAAAAAAAAAAAAAAAAAGACAUACACACGCUUUCCAAUUUCUACAACUGGUUGUUCAUAUGUAUUUUGUACCAGUGAAGCUUUUUAUAUUGGAAAUUAAAGAAAAAAAAAUCUAUAUUGGAAAAAAAUUGUCUGGCCUCUCAAUGUGGCCUCGCCUUGACCAGGUCUUGAGUUUGGCCUCUUGGUGGUGUCAAGCAAUUUUUUUUGUUUUGUUUUUUGUCUCUAAAAAGAUGCCUGAUUUAGAUUUUACUUAAAUCUCUACGUGUCCCUCACUUCGUUAAUCAGUUUUCGUUUUUUGGUUGUUUUUUGGGGGGAGGGGGGGGUUGGGAUCCUCUAAAUCGUGGUAAGUUUCAUGGUAGUAUUUGUGCUGUCCACAUAGUUUAUUGGUCAUCAGGAUUUCAACAACUUUGUGUGGAUAAUUGUCUUAGUUGAAGAGUUAACUAUCUGUUUAGUUUGAGCCUUGCUUUUUACCUGUGUAGAGUUUUCCGUUUUUUCCCAUAGCGGAGUGUGUAGCCGAAAGACUCUGUGUUCUUUUUUGGUCAAUGUUUGUUCAUGUGUGGUGUGUUUCUUUGCCUCUGUCUCCAAAUUAAACCAUAUCCCCUAA